GUUCGGCACAGUUCGGCUGUGUGGAUGGAGUGGUCGACGCUUUUCUCCACCGGAAACCAGAUGGUCGGAUCCUGCUGUCAUUUUGCAUGCGGUUAGGAGACAGUUUGACCUCUGAAUGACCUCAACACUUUCCUGCUCACAGAAACACAAAAUGUGUGUCAGCAUGAACUUGGAGAUGUGUCUGGAGUGACAGAAUUCGCUUCUCAGUAGCCGAUCAUCUCCAGCAUGGACUUCCUGCAGAUGAAGCACCUAAAGAGGAAGAGGAAGAGCAACUACAGCGUGAAGGAAACUCAGACUCUGAUCCGCGAGAUCCACAAGCGACGUGAGAUUUUGUUCUCCCGCCAACAGAACAUGGCCAUCAACGAGCUAAAGCGGCGCGCGUGGGAGGAGGUGGCAGACAGCGUGAACACUCUCGGCGAGGGGGAGCUGCGGACGGCGGCCGAGGUCAAGCGGCGCUACCUGGAUUGGCGCGCAUUGAUGAAACGAAAGCAGCUUCAGGCCGAGUUGGCGUCGGGAUUGAAGCAGGAGUUUGAAGCUUCGUCUCCCGAUAAUGACGCAUCUCUGGGUGGCGGCGAUCAGUCGCUGGACCUCAGUGGGUUUUCCAAAGACUCGUCGUGCGACUGGCAGGACCUGACGGACCUCGGGGAGCCCAGCACACACACGCCAGGAGUCAAAAUUGAGGACGAUGAGGCCUGCAGCUACAGAUUGGAGGCGGAGGUUGGAGAAGGUGGUGAGGACGAUGAAGACUGUUUUCCCUCCAUCCUCCCUGAUAUGGACCGCGAGGGCCGAGUUUCUGAGGUCUUUGCUCACAUCGAUGAAUUCGGCGUGCUGAGCUCCACAAAGCCCACGUUGGGCGUGGCGGCGAGUCGAGACCUGGGGCUCGGAGUCGGGGGCUUGACCGGGAUGGGCGUAGCUGGAUUGGAGAACACAAGUCUGCUGGUGGCGCUGGAGAGGCAGAGACUGGACCUGGAGAAACACCGCUUACAGGUGGAGUCCGAACGGCUGCAGGUGGAGAAAGAGCGCCUCCUGGUGGAGAAGGAGCGGUUGAGGCAGGGCGAGGUGGAGAGAGAGCGGCUGCAGCUGGAGAAGGAGCGUCUGCAGGUGGAGCGAGAACGAUUGCGACUGCAGCUGCAACAGAACACGCCCCUCCAGCAGAGCCCCGCCCCCUCGACGUCUGUAGCCACGCCCACCACAUCAUCCUCUGCCCCCUCGUCGUCCUCAUUGGAUGGAGAGAAGGACAGGAAGCUGGCUUGGCCAAUGAUGGUGGAUCUGGAGGCGGAGAAGCUGAAGUUAGAGAAAGAGCGCCUCCUGCUGGAGAAGGAGAGACUGCAGUUCUUCAAGUUUGAGUCGGGAAGACUGCAGAUUGAGAAAGAGCGCCUGCAGGUGGAGAAAGAGAGGCUGCAGCUUCACAAAGAUGGACAACAGAUGGCCAUGGGAUUGAAACCGAGCAGUCUGGGAGAAGGAGACGAGUUCAGAAAACAGCGUCUGAUGAUGUGGGAAGGAAUGGAAAUCUGGAUUUCCUCCCGAUGA